UGAAACGAACGCCCUUUUCCUUCCAUCCCCACAUUCACGAGGAGAAGAGAAUCGAGAGAGAGGGUUGCUCUCACCACCACCAUCACCGGCGACGACGCUUCCACCUCCACCGGUGACCACGCUUCGCACCUCCACCACUGGUACCCAACCCCAAGUCUUCUGUUCUCAAAUCCCCUCUCCCUAUCUCGGGCUGAUUCUCCUGGUCACCGCAGACGAGGGCAGCGCUACCCACCGCCGGCGACCGCCACCACAAUCGGCUUCUGGGCAGUCCGACGUUACCCCACCACGAAGUAACUUUAUGCAGGAGAAGUUGCCACCCACAGAUUCAAGGCUCAGACCCGAUCAGAGGUGCUUGGCAUGGCAAAUUCAGAGAAGUUGUGCCUCGAGCAACGGCAACGGCAGAAAUUGGGGGGUUAAUCUUAUGGCACCAACUAUUCCCAUAGAAUACAUUGGACAAAGGGAAUCAAAAUCUUUUUCUCAUAGAGGUUCUGUAAUGAUGGGGAAAACAAGGAAGUUUUCGAAGGGGCAUUCUUCGGGGUUUGUACCCGACUACCGUCACGCAGUGGAGACGAUGGCUGAAUCAGAAGGGUUCGGUAGCUCCGGGAGAGUUGACACUGAGAUGACUGCUUCGGAGGAUUCGUAUGCUCCUAAUAAGAGGAAAUGCGUUAGUUUGAACGUCAGUACGCACGAUCAGUUUGGUGUCCCCUUGCAAGUUUUGUUGCUGUCUAAGAUGUCGUAUGCCGAGAGGAAAGACUUGGAGAUGAGGUUGAAACGUGAACUCGAGCAAGUUAGGCUUCUUCAAACGAAAAUCGCCAGCAUAAAUUCAAAUUUCGUAGUUUUGUCACCGUCUAGUGAUAUUCGCAGCUGUAGUGAUGGACAAAAACGGCCUCCGCUGGAGAGUUUCCAAAGGUCAGUGGACGUGUCCACUUCACAGGGAAAGAAACGGGGCCCUCCUAGUCGGAAUGGGCCACGUGGAAAACGGCCUACGGUAGCAGGGCGUUUUGGGUCAGUGAAGCAGUCUGCACCUCCAUCUACUUCGAAUGCUAUGUUGAUGAAACAGUGUGACAACUUGCUGAAUCGGUUGAUGUCGCACCAACAUGGCUGGGUUUUCAAUACUCCUGUUGAUGUAGUUAAGCUGAAUAUCCUUGAUUACUUCAAUGUUAUAAAGCAUCCCAUGGAUUUGGGGACAGUGAAAAGCAAGUUAAUGUCUGGCGAGUAUUUGAGCCCAUUGGAUUUUGCCGCAGACGUGAGGCUCACUUUCUCAAAUGCCAUGACGUACAAUCCACGUGGAAAUGAUGUGCAUUUCAUGGCCGAAACGCUUUGUAAAUAUUUUGAAGUGAGAUGGAAACCUAUCGAGAAAAAGGUUCCUGUUAUCGUUGAUGCACCUGUGCAUUCAACAUCAAGUCUAGAUAUAGAAACGGAAACUCCACAUGUGAUGCCUCCAUUUAAGAGUAAGAAUAUUGCGCCGGUGGACAAUAUAAUCAAGCAACAAGAACCUGUGAAGCGUGUCAUGACUGUUGUGGAGAAGCAUAAGCUGAGCACAGAAUUGGAGGCUCAAUUAGCCGACUUGCCGGAUAACAUCAUUGAAUUCCUUAAAAAGCAAAGCUACAGUGCAAAUCAAACAGAUGAAGAGGAAAUUGAGAUUGAUAUCGAUGCGUUGAAUGAUGAUACGUUGUUCAUAUUGCGGAAGCUCUUGGAUGACUAUUUGCUUGAGAAACAAAAGAAGCAGGGAAGAGCUGAACCUUGUGAAAUGGAGCUUCUUGACGAGUCAGGUUUCAGCAAUUCAUCUGCACAACAAUGUAAAGGCAAUGAUCCAGCUGAUGAAGAUGUAGACAUUGGUGGGAAUGAUCCUCCAAUCUCAAGCUACCCACCAGUGGAGAUAGAAAAAGACACAGCCCUUAAGAACACUAAACGUAGUAGCUCAAGUAGCUCCAGUAGCGGAUCAGGCUCCUCCUCAAGUGAUUCAGACUCGGGCAGUUCUGACAGUGAAUCAGAUGGUGCUAGAAUUUCAGUUCCCACAAAGGAGAAAUUAGGUGGCUCUGGAGCAAAUACAGAGAAAGAGAGAGACCAGCUUGUAGAUUCAGACAAUGGAAAUAAUUUGUUAAACGGGUCAAACGAAGUUGAUGCGCUUAAUUCCCAGGAUAAAGCAACUGCUAUUGCGGAUGAAGGCCAUCAAGAGGGGGAGAAUACUCCACUUGGGAGGCAAGUCUCCCCCGACAAGCUAUACCGUGCAGCAUUGUUGAGAAGUCGUUUUGCAGACACCAUAAUUAAAGCUCAAGAAAAGGCUCUUGAGAAGGGUGAAAAGCAGGAUCCGGAGAAACUACGGCUUGAGAGGGAGGAGCUUGAAAGGCGUAGAAAAGAAGAAAAAGCUCGAUUACUAGCGGAAGCCAAGGCUGCGGAAGAAGCUCGAAGGAAAGCCGAAGUGGAAGCUGAAGCUGAAGCCAAAAGGAAGAGAGAACAAGAGAGAGAAGCAGCACGCCUGGCUCUGCAAAAGAUGGAAAAGACAGUUGAGAUUAAUGAAAAUUGUCGGUUUAUGGAGGACCUUGAAAUGCUUAGUGCUGCACCUGCAGAACAGUUGCAGAGCCUUGUCGAUGACGCCGCCACUCCAGAUCUUUCCCAAGAUGGUCUGGGCAGUUUCAAAUUCCAGGGAAGUAGCAAUCCCUUGGAGCAACUUGGUUUGUACAUGAAGGCAGACGACGACGAUGACGACGAAGAAGGUGAGCCCCAAAGUGCUCCGGAUGCAGUGGUAGGCAAUGUAGCAAAGGAUGCUGAGGAAGGAGAGAUUGAUUGAUUGGUGCAUUAUUGGUGACUGUUGAACUUCAUGACUGUUUGGAAGGACGAUGUUCGCCCUUUCUAUCCAUAUACUUUUACAUGGUGCUGAUGAUGCGUAACGUCUUGAGUUGAAGACAAACUGCUGAGCUUGAGAAGAGAACAACAUCAAUGUUGGGGGGAAGGAUUGUGGCUGUUUUUUGGACUGCGAUUGGGGUUUGUCUGGGAUGAGUUUUGGCUUUGGACAGGCAGGGAGAGGCCUCUGAAAGAUACCCCAAAUCUUUCUCCUUGCCUUCCGGGGUUACUUUCGUAGAGUUUUGUAUUGGUCGGGACUUUUUUACUUUCUUUUUUUCUUUCUCCACAUGAAAAAAAUAGCAAAUCUUGAUUGUGCCGAGUCAUCCUGAUCAAUAGACGUAGUUAUUUUUUUUAUUUUUUAUUUUUGUAUUUAGCAAAAAGAGGGGUGUUCCCCGGGUUCGAACCCUGGUACAUGAGCAGGACACUUAUGUGAGUACACAAGUGCUCAGCCACUGCACUAUUGUCCCAAUGCCCGAUCAAUAGACAUAGUUGGGAACUGCAAUUGAAAUUGCCUCUUGCUGGAAAUAAUGGUUGAUUCCGAGUAGAUCUUCGUAAAGUAAAUACAUAAUGGGAAAGUGCCUGGUAGAUUUCUUUCA